CAAGACUCUUGCCGCCGUUCGAGAGAACCGGAUUGCUGCUCCCCGGGACUACAUCGCCCAGACAACAGAAUUUUGCAGUCGGUGUCUUUAAAGUUAAUGACACUGACAUUACCAUGGACCGUCCGGCAUGAAGGACUACCUAUUUUUGCUGUUGCUUCUGCUGUCACUGCUUUUGAGCCUGUUCGCCUCCUGCCCAUCCCCUUGCUCCUGCGUCCCGGGCCCAACGGGUACCACUGUCAAUUGUUCGGGGCUGCACCUGGAGCGCGUGCCACAAGGCUUGCCAGCAGAUGCAACCGCCCUCUUGUUGCGUGGUAACAACCUUACCGACCUUUUUGGACAGCUGCCUCCACUUCCCUCUCUCCUGCACUUGGACCUUUCGUACAACCAGCUGAAGCAGCUUGGCCGAGGUCUCAUCUUCCACAACUUCAGCAGUCUCGAGGUACUAGAUCUAUCCCAUAACGACUUCCGCACUGUCUUUAACGGAGUGUUCCGAGGAAUCCAUCGACUGCACACGCUGCUCAUGAUGCAUGUUCAGAUUAAAUUCAUCGAGGAGCAUGUUUUCGAUGGGCUGACGAAUCUCAAAAAGCUUCACCUCUCACAUAAUCACCUGAAUGCCAUCUUCCCAGAAUGGUUCCGUGAGUUGCCACAGUUAGAGGAACUUCAUCUUGAGAACAACCACAUCUCAUAUGUGAAUAAUGGCUGCUUCUCUUCCCUCCACAGCCUACUCAUCCUCUCACUCAAUGGAAACAGGAUACGUGGAGUGAGCGACGGGGCCUUUGAUGGCCUGCACAACCUUACCGCUCUCUAUUUAGAGGACAACCAGCUGAGCAAGGUGCCCUCUGUGUCAAUGCGUGCAAUUCGCCAGCUACGUGUGUUGCGUUUAGGCGGAAACUUCUUUCCACAGCUGCAUACAGGUGAUUUUGUACGAUUGAAUCUAGAGGAAUGUUUUGUAGAAAAUAUUGCUGGUCUCACCUUGAUUGACAGAGGCGCCUUCUGGGACCUUCCUUACCUCAAGACACUGCAUCUGCAUCAUAACGCUCAAUUACAAUUCGUGGAUGAGCAGGCUUUCAUCAACGUCCCUAACCUUAGAAUCCUGUCGUUACAUGGCAAUAAUCUCUCCGCCCUUAGCAAAGAAGUAGUCAAGUCAUUUCAAAAACCUCUUCAAAUCAGCCUUCAUCAAAAUCCUCUAGUCUGCGAUUGCAACAUCCGAUGGAUAAGCGAAAUCUUGAAAGGAGGCAAUAAUUCUACCAGAAUACAAAUCCUAGGAACUCUAGAAUGUGAUGGACCUAUUCAGAGGGUUCCCGUCCUUAGCUUGGACCCGUCCCAGAUCCCAGAAAAUUGUCCACCCGUCCUGGUUGGAUCCACCAACUUAACAGUGGAUAAGAAAAUAGGGGAGGGACAUGUAUUCCAAUGUAGAGCCCACGGUCUCCCCAGUCCCAAAAUCCACUGGAUACUGCCAGAUGGCCGCGUAUUGAAUCAGACGUCCAAUGAUUCACGGAUGCGGUUAAAAGGCCCAGGUAGCCUGGAAUUACACCCUAUCCGCCCUGCGGAUCGGGGAACGUAUACUUGCGUUGCAGAGAACCUUUUAGGACAAGCAAUAGGUGUGAUGACACUGAUAGUGGAGAACAUCGACAUUCACUUAUUCCCACAAAGUGUGGCUUCAACCUUUGUGACAGUCGUAUGGAAUGGGACAGCGAGAAAUGCUUUCCCAGAAUAUGAAAUAGUGUAUCGAAGGGAAGAGGAAGGCGUCCGGGAGUACCAGUCGGUGACAGUUAAUCAGUUCUUCCGAUCGUACACAAUCAACAACUUGCGACCGAACGCCCUUUAUAAGUUCUGCAUCGGUGUUAAAAGCAAAGAGGAUAAGCAAUACGUGCAGUUUUCUUGCACAUGGGUUAAAACCCGGGACGAGAGCUUUAUGAUGCAAGGCAUUCACAGGACAAGCAAUGUGGCUGUAGCAGCGGUGCUGGGUAUCGUUGCAAGUAUGACUUUGGUCGUGUGCGCCGUCACAGUGGCCGCACGCAAGUACCGCCAAAGGCACUACGACACUCCAGAGAAAUCCCUGGUCACCCACAUGGCGCAGAUUCCUCUGGAAAAUCUGCACAGCCCGCUCAUGGCACACGCCGGAUCUUAAGGCACAACCAAAGGCAAAAAGGACAUUUUGCCAACAUUUUGUCCCCAAAAAUUAUGUUCGAAAUUUUAAGAACUGUGUGCUGUACUGUGAGAGAAAUGAAGAUUGUGUAGACACACCCAUUCUUGGUAUCAAGAAAGCUUUUUUUUUUAAUUUUUUGUCAGAAAAGCACAUGAAUUUGAUCAAAUUGAAAUGACCAUAGCAAUAUUUUAGUAACUGAACCAACGCUUUUAGUUAUAACAGUUGCCGCAAAUCAACUUAGAUUAAUAGUAAAAAUAUAUAAACAACAGAAAAUCUUACAGAUUGCAUGCCUAAAAUCAGAAAACAUGCUGGAAUACUUUUUUUCCGGAAUAUUUCGGAAACCUUCGAUCUGAAAAACCAACGAAUUCAUACAAAUGCAACUAGCUAUUCAAAUAUCCGCAAAUUCUAGAAAAACAAGUAUUUUAGAUUUGUAAUGAAAACCAGCAAUCAUAAACUAGAAUUUGAGAGUGAAUGUGCAUGUAUAUAGCUUUUUUGGCAACUACCAGAAGCUUUCCAAUCGCUGUAUAGAUAUGAAAAGCUAAGAGAGAAAUUCACAGUUAACUAGAACAUGCCUUCGAUUCAGUGACGGACCUCCCUUGGAGCGGACUAAUCAUUCACUGGUCACAAAGAAAGAGAACUAUGUUCCUUUCUUUUCCUUUAAGCAAUACGACGGGCAUUCCCUCCAUUUAGAGGCCAUUCGUUGCAGUGGUUUUUUACACAUUUCUUGCUUGUUACCUGACACAAACGUCCGCUGGAUAGAGCUUGCAAUCGGAUAGAACCCACAUUUAGAGCAAACUUUCACCAUUUUGAGCCAGUGGUAUAGAAAGUGACUCAGCAUAAAAUGAGAAUCUUGUUUCCAACAAACAACUAGAGAAAAUUAUGGUCUUCCAAAUUAUCCACGGUGCGCAGAACAACUUGUAAUCUGUAUAAAUCAAAUCUAUUCAUUAAUCUAUUAACGCAAAAGUUCCCCUUCUUUACAUUUCACAAAAUUAUUAGCAUUGCAUUGCUUCUUUUCUAUUUUAUUUAAGAAGUCAAUUGGAAUUUCAAAUAGAAAACUAAUAUAUACCACCCAUAAGCUAGAUAUUGAAAUCAAAUUGGGGUCAUUUUGAAACUUGUAUUUUUUUCCUUUGUUUAAUUUUGAUUUGUUUAUAUUUAAAUGCAAGAAAUAGAAAGUAAUUUUUUUAUAUAUAUUUUGAGACAUUAAAAACAAAUUUUA